CAAUUUUAGCAUCUCGUUCUCUCUCUCUCCAAUCUAGCUCUCCUUUCUCUCUCUUCAUCCAUGGCUUCUUCAGGUACUGCUGUUGUACAAGCAGUAGUUGUGUCUGCUUUCCUAAUUAUCUCUUUCGUCGUCGUCACUGGAGAAACUCUAACAAACCAGUCUAACCCCAAUAUCAUCAAACUUGGUUCCUCACUCUCCACCACAAACACUACUCCAUAUUGGCUCUCACCUUCCGGCAUCUUUGCCUUCGGUUUCUAUCGCAACGCUAGCAAUAAUAAUAACACUUCUGACGACUUUGCCAUUGGGAUCUGGAUGCUCACUCGUCCUAAACCCGUAAUUGUUUGGACUCAUAAGCUGGAUGACACGCCUUUUCCUUCAAAUGCUACGUUGGAGUUGACAAGACAAGGUUUGCUUUUCACAACUACUCAUGAUCGUCAACAGAAAAUCAAAGACAGCCCAAUUAUCCUUUUGCCUGCUGAUCAUCAAGAUGCAGAUGUAACUUCAGCUGCUGUGUUUGAUUCUGGGAAUUUCUUGCUCUUCCGUAACAACUCUGAUGUUAUCUGGGAAAGCUUUGAUUAUCCGACGGACACAAUUUUAGGAGGUCAACAUCUUACUCAUGAGUUAGUGUCUACCGGCUUAGGUUACCGUCUAAGCUGGCGGGAAGACGGCACUCUAGUGUUGUACGCUCCAAACAGCUUCAGUAGACCGGAAAAUGCUUACUGGCAAGCUCCUUAUAACGACGGAGAUUUGUGUCUUAGCAACACUGGCCUUCUCUAUUUCUCUACUUCCAACUCAACAAUCUUGGCAAAUGGCACUACUGGUUAUAAUCAAACCAAAAGUCGUGACACCACCACUGUUGUCUAUCGCGCAACACUUGAUGCUGAUGGAAUUUUCAGAUUGUAUUCACACCAAAUCUUCAGCAACAAAAGUUCAAUUGUUUCCGCAAUGUGGUCAAAUUUGAAGAACCAAUGUGAUGUCAAAGGUUUUUGCGGCCUUAACAGUUAUUGCGUCGGAGAGGGCAAAAGAGCAGGUUGUUACUGUUACCCUGGAUUUGUGUUCAACAACGGCAGUGAUAAAGGUCUAGGCUGCUAUCAUAAUUUCAGUGAAGAUAGCUGCAGAUCAAAAGAGCAGCCACGUUUGAGGUACGACAUGUCUACUCUAAAAAACAUGACGUGGGAAGAUCAUCCUUAUUCAGUUACUCCAAUGCAAAAGAAGGAAUUUUGUAGCCAAUUUUGCCUAAAAGAUUGUAACUGUUGGGCUGCGUUGUACUUGAGUCUUAAUUGCCGCAAGUAUAGGCUCCCGCUUAGGUAUGGUAAAAUGAAUCCGAAUUUAUUAGCUGCAGCUUUCUUCAAGGUGGUUUCAGGAAAGUUCAAUGAUACGAAGCAUGAUGACGAGUCACCUCCCGAAAAUCAGUCAGAGAACGGCACAGUUUUAGUUCUUGGCUUAAGUUUUGGCUCUUUCACACUCAUGUGUUUUGUCUUUGCUGCCACUAGUUUCUUCAUUUACAGGCAGAGAAUUUAUAGGUACAAGAGGCUCUUUGAAAAUGCAAAUGUCGGACUAACAGAAGAUUUUAGCUUGCAAUCGUUUUCUUACGACGAACUCGAGAGAGCAACGGAUGGCUUCAGGGAAGAACUGGGGAGGGGUCCCUCUGGAGCAGUCUAUAAAGGAACCACUUUAUCUGGCAGCAACAAAACCAUUGCCGUGAAGAGACUAGAGAGAGGUGCGGAAGAAGGAAUAAGAGAAUUUCGAGCUGAAAUGGCCACCAUUGGAAGGACUCACCACAGAAACUUGGUUCGAUUGCUUGGUUUCUGUGUUGAGAGAUCCAAAAGGCUUCUUGUUUACGAGUUCAUGAGCAAUGGCUCGCUCGCCGAUUUCCUCUUUAAGGCCAGUGUGCGCCGCCCUGCUUUGAGAGAAAGGGUAAGAUUGGCGCUAGAUGUGGCAAGAGGUCUGUUCUACCUUCAUGAAGAGUGUGGAGUUCAUAUUAUCCACUGCAAUUUGAAGCCCCAGAACAUACUCCUGGAUGACACUUUGACUGCGAAGAUCUCUGAUUUUGGUUUCGCAAGGCUACUAAUGCCAAAGCAAGGAAAAGAGUCGGUGGGGGUUGAAGAGAGCACAAGAUCGUACUUUGCUCCCGAGUGGAAGAAGAAUGCUUUGAUAUCUGUUAAGUCUGACAUUUACAGCUUUGGGAUUGUGCUUCUCGAGAUCAUAUGUUGUAGGAGAAGCAUAGAUGUUAAAGCUUCGUCGCCAGAUGAGGUAGAUCUCUGUGAUUGGGUCCGUGAUUGCUUUGUGGCUGGACAACUGGGUAAGCUGGUGGGAUUAGAUGAAGAAGAUGUUAACAUGAGGACAAUAGAGAGAAUGGUGAAAGUGGGCAUCUGGUGCAUUCAAGAUGAUCCCGAUUUACGUCCUUCGAUGAACAACAUUAUCUUGAUGUUGGAAGGCACAAUGGACAUUCCUCUUCCUCCAACUCCAACGUUUUCUUAGAUAUUUAUUUUCAGUUGGAAUUUAAAUGUGCCAUCUAUGCGUUAAAUACUUAUAUUAAUUAAUGCAAAAUGUUCUAG